CCAUUCCACCACCCCCUCCCUCUCCUCCUCCUAUCUUUGGCGUGAGGAUAUUAUUAAUACCCUCAUCUUUCUUCUUUAUUUUUAUUUUCUUUUUCAGUUUUCCGAGAAAGUUUUCUUCUGUCUUUAUAUAUAUACAUGCUUCUCUGUUUUCUCUUUCCAUUUUUAUGUAUGCAUGACAUAUACCAUGAUGAGCUUUUGUAAGAAAAGCGUUCACUCUUUCUUAGGUUUCUCCGCAGUUUCUAUGAAUCUUGAUGAUGAUCAUAGACAACCUUCUUCCUCCUCCAAAUGCCUUGCUGUUUUCACUUCUGGCCUUGGCUUGACCACUGCCACUGCUUCUGAUUCUCAUAGAACUCCUAAUGUUCUUGAAUCUGCUUCUCUUCUCAAGUCUUCAUCUUCAUCCUCAUCUUCAUCUUCAUCUUCACCACCAUCGUCGUCGUCAUCUUCUCCUUUGAAGAAAGAUCCUGGUGGGUUUGGUUUUAUUGAUGAUGUUGGUGGUGGUGUUAAUGGGUUGAUGUCUUGCACUGAAAGUUUAGGGUUUGAGAGCUCUGAUGAAAGAAGGGUUGAUGAUGAGAUUGAGUUGUGUACCAGGAUGAAAUCCACCGAGAAUAAGGUUAAGUGGAGGAAGAUUGGUGAGAGAAGAGAGGUUAAGAAGUUUCCGUCGCCGAUUUCUUCCUUGGACCAUAAUGGUCACCCUUGUUUCUUUCUCCGACCUAUCAGGAAGGAUGGAAGACUCGAGUUAACGGAGGUUAGAAUCGAUAGGCCAGAGAUUUUACGUGCUUAUCGUGAAGAUGGACGGUUGAGGUUGCAUCUGGUUAGAGAUGAAGAAUCAUCCAAUAUUAAUGAAGAGCUUCAAGUUCAAGAUCAAGAAUAUGAAAAACAAGCAGAAAAAUUGGAGGAAGAAGAAAAAGAAGAAGAAACUGGUGGGGAACGGAAGUUCUCUGUGAAUGGAGAAGGGUUUAGAAGGUGUCAUGAGCUAGUGACAAAUCAUCAUGAUUAUCACCCCGGCCACCACAGCCACCACCACCAUAACUUGCAUGUAUGGAACCAGCAUUGUGUGACAACUAGAUGAAGCUAAGAUGGUUACGUGGGUGUGAAAAGAGACAAGAUUCAAGGGUGUGUGUGUGUGUGUGUGUUUGUCUAUCUGCGUGUCUCAAAUUAAGGAUGCCUACUGUUGUUUUUCGUUAGGCAUAAUCAAAUUAUCAUGGGAAAGAAGAUUAAUUGAUGUGUCUCAACAAAGACGACAAUGGAGGAUUCGAAUCUUGAGAACCACAUCAAAUAGAAAGGACCCUGUGGGUAACACUCACAGAUUCAUCUGUUAAAAUUUCCGAAUUCAGAAAUUUCAUACAUAUUUUUUAAAAGUUAAUUCUUUGAUCUAUUCACCAAAGAAGAGAUAAUAACAAGAAUAAAUUAUUGUAUUUAUAAAGAA